AUGACAGCCCGUCAACAAACGUCGCCCAAAACUGUAGGUCCAGAGGAUAAGGAAGAAAAUGAGACGGGUGUCAUUCGAGUUGUUGCUGAAUUGAUUGUGCCUUCUGCUGAGGGUGCGGUUGGCCACAAUCGCAUCCCAUUCCAGCACUUGGUUGAAAGUUUGAAUGAGGCUUGGGGUAGCUCAAUUUCCCUUGUUGAGGUGCAACAAUUACACCAAACUUUGCUGUCAUCACAAUCUCUGUCUGCAGCUUCUACAGUCACGACAAUUUCGAUUAUCUAUGCCACAGCCUGA